GUCCGUGGAAUCGACGAGAGAAUCAAGAUCCCGACGCUGAUUCAAGAAAUCCAUGACACCUUCGGCGAAUUCGGAACCAUCAUCGAUGUCGUCGCGAAGAAAAACCUCAAGGCCAAAGGCCAAGCUUUCGUAGUCUUCGAAUCUCCAGAAGAGGCUGAGAUUGCUAUGGAAGCUCUACAAGGUUUCGAUCUGCUCGGGCAGCCUGUCACGAUUGCCUUUGCAAAGACGCGAUCAGACGCGACGAUCAAGAAGGACGAUGGCGACGAAGCGUUGGAGGAGUGGAAGAAAGUCAGACUGGCGGAGAAAGAGCGCAAGAAGGCCGAGGAAGCCGCCGCAGAAGCAGCGAAACCCGCCAAACGCCCCGCCGAUGCCGCCAACCUCGCAGAACGUCCUGCGAAGAGCAACACCAAGCCCUCCAACGCGAUGGCAGACGAGUAUCUUCCACCAAACAAGACUUUGAUCCUCCGCGACUUCCCAGACGAAUACGGCAAGGACGAGCUUUCGGCGCUCUUCGCGAGGUUCCCUGGUUUCAAGGAAGUGCGUGUCGUGCCGGGUAGAAAGGGUUUGGCCUUCGUGGAGUACGAGGAUGAGCUUGGUGGUACGGCGGCGAAGGAGGCGAUGCAUGGACAGGAGUUGGGCGACAAGACGAUUAAGGUUACGUACCAGAGACAGUAG